AUGGCAGAUUCCGAUUCAGACAAAACGGUUAGCGUCUCCGAUGCAGAAAGCGAAGUAGUAUAUUAUGAAGCAAACAAAAAACGACGGAUGUCAGACUCUUCUGUAUCCCCUGAUCGUAAACGAUUUUGUUCUGUCAGUGAGAGUACGCCUGGGAGCUCUGACCAAGAUGAAGAUGGAACUCCUCCAAAGUCCUCCGGUCCUGACAUAAUUUCAACAGAAUCUGAGGAUUCGCAGUCAAUUCACGGAAAGUGCUUAACCAAAAUUGCUUCACUCGACCUUCCACUAAGACUGAGUAAAUGGGAAAGAAAGCACAUCGAAAACCUUAAUAUAUCAAUUGUGCAUGUUCCUGAUACGAAACCUCUUGAUCUUAUUCAAUGCGGGGAAACUGAGAACAACGAGGAGACUGAAAAAAUCAACGAGUUAAAGAAGUACGUCCAAAAGAGUCCUAUAAUGGCUCAUUUAAGAUCCCUUGACCAUUUGUACACGUCCUUUUCAGAGCUGUCAUCAGAAAGCUUAUGGGAGAUGGCUCCAAAUGAUGAUGAAAAAAUAUCAAUGAUCCCAACAUGGAUACCAGAAAACCAUAUGAUAUGGUUUUACAGAUUUCAUUGUCAGGCACAGGAUUUCAGUAACCAGCUUUAUCUUAUACUUAAGAAAAGAGAACAUGGGUGUAGCAUACAUGAAAGUCAUGUGCAAGCAUUGUUUGAGGCAUUUGCUUGUAUGUUUGGAUUAAAGAGUGGACUCAGUAGUGUACCAUGUCUGGAAAUAGAAACAAAAAGGAUUAUGAAACUAGAGAUAAGUGGUUCAGCUGAUAUUAUUUUCCCUUACACAAUGUUUUCUCCAUUUAAAGAAGUCAAACAAGGAACUCAGCAUCCCUUAGUUGUUGCAGUUUGUGAG